CCCCCCCCGCUCCCUGAGCUCCCCCGCUUCCCCUUCCCCCUCCCCGCACACCGCCUGCCGCGGCUUCCCCCUAUCGCGAUAGUCGCCGGCGGCGCGGGGGGGGGGCCGCCAUGUCGAGCAGCGGUCGCAGCCCUUUGCCGACCGUCAACGAGAGGGACGCGGAACAGCCGGGCGCCGUGGAGGGCAAGGGCGGCGGCGGCAAGGCCAGCAUGCUGCGGGGCCGCAACGCCGGCACGGCCGCCGAGGAGCAGCCCCACAUCGGCAACUACCGGCUGCUCAAAACCAUCGGCAAGGGCAACUUCGCCAAGGUCAAGCUGGCCCGGCACGUCCUGACCGGCAAGGAGGUGGCCGUGAAAAUCAUUGACAAGACGCAGCUCAACUCCUCCAGCCUGCAGAAGCUCUUCCGGGAAGUGCGAAUAAUGAAGGUCCUGAACCACCCCAACAUAGUGAAGCUCUUUGAGGUGAUCGAGACGGAGAAGACGCUUUACCUGGUCAUGGAGUACGCCAGCGGGGGUGAGGUGUUCGAUUACCUGGUGGCCCACGGGCGCAUGAAGGAGAAGGAGGCGCGGGCAAAGUUCCGACAGAUAGUGUCGGCCGUGCAGUACUGCCACCAGAAGUUCAUUGUGCACAGGGACCUGAAGGCUGAGAACCUGCUGCUGGACGCCGACAUGAACAUCAAAAUCGCCGAUUUUGGCUUCAGCAACGAGUUCACCUUUGGGAACAAGCUGGACACGUUCUGCGGCUCGCCGCCCUACGCCGCCCCCGAGCUCUUCCAGGGCAAGAAGUACGACGGGCCCGAGGUGGACGUCUGGAGCCUGGGGGUCAUCCUCUACACGCUGGUCAGCGGCUCGCUGCCCUUCGACGGGCAGAACCUCAAGGAGCUGCGGGAGCGAGUGCUGCGGGGGAAGUACCGGAUCCCCUUUUACAUGUCCACGGAUUGUGAGAACCUCCUCAAGAAGUUCCUCAUCCUCAACCCCACCAAGAGGGGCACCCUGGAGCAAAUCAUGAAGGACCGCUGGAUGAACGUGGGCCACGAGGACGACGAGCUGAAGCCCUACAUGGAGCCCGUGCCUGACUACAAGGACCCCCGCAGGACAGAGCUGAUGGUGUCCAUGGGCUACACGCGGGAGGAGAUCCAGGAGUCGCUGGUGGGGCAGAAGUACAACGAGGUGAUGGCCACCUACCUGCUGCUGGACCACAAGAGCUCCGAGCUGGAGGAGAACCUGUCCCUGAAGCCGCGGGUGGCCCCGGAGGUGGCCAACAGCUCGGGCCCCUCCCCCGCUCACAAGGUGCAGCGCAGCGUCUCGGCCAACCCCAAACGGCGCGUCAGCGACCAGGCCGGGCUCUCCAUCCCCACCUCGGCCUCGUACUCCAAGAAAACGCAGGCGGCCAAUGCCGAGAACAAGCGAGGAGGAGGAGCAGGAGCAGGAGGAGGAGGAGGAGGAGGAGCCGGGGAGGAAGAGGGUGGGGGCGGGGGGCGCCGGGCCGGCAGCACGGCCAAGGUGCCCCCCAGCCCCCUGCCCGGCCUGGAGCGAUCCAAGGGCACCCCCUCCCCCUCCACGAACAGCGUCCUGUCCACGGGCACCACGCGCAGCCGGAACUCGCCGCUGCUGGACCGGGCCAGCCUGGGCCAGAGCUCCCUGCAGAACGGCAAGGACAGCGGGGCCCCCCCCCGGGUGCCAGCAGCGUCCCCCUCUGCCCACAACGUCAGCCAGGGCCCGGGCGAGCGGCCGAGCUUCCCCCGGGGGGUCUCGAGCCGCAGCACCUUCCACGCCGGGCAGCUCCGCGCCCCCCGGGACCCCCGGGACCCCCUGCCCUACGCGCUGCCCCCCGGGCUGCCCCCGCCCGCCUCGCCCUCGGGCGCCAGCCAGGGCCGGCGCGGGCCCUCCGCCAGCCUCUUCAGCAAGUUCACCUCCAAGUUCGUGCGCAGAAAUCUGUCUUUCAGGUUUGCCAGAAGGAACCCCCACGAGCCCGAGAGCAAGGAGCGGGUGGAGACCCUCAGACCGGCGGUGGGCCCCGAGAAGGACCCCCGGGACGCCGGGCGCGACGCCAAGCCGCGCUCGCUGCGCUUCACGUGGAGCAUGAAGACCACGAGCUCGCUGGAGCCCGGGGAGAUGCUGCGCGAGAUCCGCAAGGUGCUGGACGCCAACAGCUGCCGCUGCGAGCCCCAGGAGCGCUUCGUGCUGCUCUGCGCCCACGGCGCGCCCGGGCACGACUCCUUCGUGCAGUGGGAGAUGGAGGUGUGCAAGCUGCCCCGGCUCUCGCUCAACGGCGUCCGCUUCAAGCGCAUCGCCGGCACCUCCAUGGCCUUCAAGAACAUCGCCUCCAAGGUGGCCAACGAGCUCAAGCUCUGAGCCACGGCCGGGACGGCGGGGGCACCCGGGGGCGGCUCCGGGGACACGGACACGGCGAGCCGGGAGCGGCCAGCGAGCUGCGGCUCUUGGGGACACGGUGACCCGGGAAUGGCCACCGAGCUGCGGCUCUUGGGGACACGGUGACCCGGGAAUGGCCACUGAGCUGCGGCUCUUGGGGACACGGUGACCCGGGAAUGGCUCCAAGGUGGCCACGGAGCUCCGGGGACACGGACACGGCGAGCCGGGAGUGGCCACCGAGCUGCGGCUCUUGGGGACAACAGUCACGGCCACCUCGGCGCUCUGGCUGCGAGCCACGGACACGGUGGCCUGGCAGCGGUGACCCGGGAGUGCCUCUGAGGUGGCCACGGAGCUCCGGCUCUGAGCCACGGACACGGUGGGGACGCCCACGGGGGGACACGGGAGCGCCGGGACGGACCUGGGGAGUGCCGGGGGCUCCUGGGUGGAUCUGGGCAUCACCUGGAGGGAGCUGGAGCGCUCUGCAGGCCUUGGUGGGCACGGCCCGGAUGGACCUGGAGCCCGGGAUGGACCUGGAGCCCUGGAUGGACCUGGAGCCCGGGAUGGACCUGGAGCCCGGGAUGGACCUUCUGAGGGGUCCAGGAACAUCCUGGAUGGACCUGGCACCUCCCAGGGUCACCUGGCUGGACCUUGUGCAGGGUCCAGGUCACCAUGGGGACACCCUGGAUGGAACUGGGAUCUCUGGGGCUCACCUGGCUGGGCCUGGAUGCACCUGGGGCCGUCCUGUGGCAUCCAGGGCCUUGUGAGGGUGGGGGGACAUCCUGGAUGGGCCUUUGGGGACAGCGCCAGGGUUUCAUGGGGACAUCCUGGUGGCCCAGGGACCUGGGGGCACCUUCUGGGAGGGGGAGCAAGGCUCAUCUGGGGACAGGGACCUCUGGGGACAUGAGUGGUGGCCCAAGGCCCUUCUGAGGAGUCCUGGGCCUUGUUGGGACAUCGUGGAUGGCCCAGGGACAUCCCGGGUGGCCCUCGGGGACAUCCUUGGUGGCUCAGGAACAGCUGGGGGUAGCCCAGGGCCAGGUGGGGACAUCCUGGGUGUCCCUGAGCCUUACGGGGGGGACACGGGGACAGUCCGGGGGUGGCCUUAGGGGGGGUGGGGUGUGUCCCCUCCCCCCGGGGGGAUGCCGGUGUCCCCUGGCCCUCCCCCCCUUGGGGACAGGGGUGUCCCCUCCCCCCCUUGGGGACAGGGGUGUCCCCUCCCCUGCACUCAGGAAGGCCCUGGGGGGAGGGGCGGGGGCGCUGCUGCUGCCGGGGGUGGCUCUGGGGUGGGGGUUGGGUGUCCUCUUCCCCCCCCCCCCAACUUUUUGUCCUGCUGUAGCCCCGCCCCGGGCACCGCCCCUGAGGGUGGGGACACUCUGGGGGAGGGGCCAAACCAGGCCACACCCCCUCUGCGGUGGAUUUUCCAGGUUCUAAUUAAAAACUUUCCAGAAAGA